AAGCCUCUUAUAUAGCGGGAGCGCCCUUGCCAUGAGCUCUUCGACUCCUUUGGCCCAGUAUGCAGCAUCGUUGCGGUCAUCCGGAACUGGUGCUUCUUUGGCCCUUGAGAGGAUCUUCUCCAUGUUCACCAUACCUGUCUGGAUCUUCCUCAAAAUGACGGAACUUCAACGGCAUGAAGAACUCCUAGAAACAGGAUCGCUUUGCCAAUUUGACGAGUCCAUGGGCCGAGCGCUCUUCGUGUCGCACCAGUGGCUGGGCACCCACCACUCAGACCCAUCUUUUGAGCAGCUGCUUGUGCUACAGAAAGCCCUCAUGGAUUUGAUCUCCGGAGCUUGCAGAGUCAGCCUCCCCGCAGUCGUCGAGCUGUGGUUCGGCAGGCUCAGGCUGCCUACUGCGAGAGAUUUCAACGGACAGGGUAUCUUCCUGUGGUAUGAUUACUUUUGUGUCCCACAGUGCGAGAGAAACAGCCAAGCACGACAGAUGGCAAUCUCCUCCAUUCCUUCCUACAUCUCCCAAAGUUUCUUUUUCGUGAUCUUGAUUCCUGCUGUGCGACAUGAAGAUGGACACGUCUUGAGUUUUGAGAGUUGGGCCGAACGUGGCUGGUGUCGCUUGGAAAGCAUGGCUCGAAGCCUGGCUCGGGAGGAUGGUUUCAUGAUCACGAUAAAGGUGGCUUCCAACCCCACCUUGACCACGGAUCUUGGGGGUCUUGGCAAGGCGCCUGGCAAGGGAAUCUUCAGCAUCGAAGAGGAUCGAAGCAAAUGUGGGCCAGUUCUCGCAAAUUUGAUGUGGAGCAAGUUGCACAACCUCCUGUUCCAAGAAGAUUUUCACAACUAUCGCUUCCUGUUGAACCUUCAAGGUCAUUGCUUCAAAGGUCUUCAAACAGACCACUUCGAGAGUCUGGUGCCCAAUUUUGCCGCGGAGAUUGACCCAUCAACUGACCCACAUGGCUUUAUUGUCGCCAAGUUUCUACAUGAGAAUGGCUUUAAGAGCGUGCAAGAGCGGGACACGGCCGGAUGGUCACCCAUUUGCUAUGCCGUCUUGAGGGAUGACCCCGUCUUAAUUGAAGCCCUGGUACGGAAUAAGGCUGAUGUGAAUGACUCCAAUCGACGAGCCAAGAACGAAGCCCAGCUUCCCAAAGGUUUACCACUUCUGUCACUCGCUGGCACUUACCACAGUAACCAGGCCAUGAAGGCCUUAUUGCUGGCCAAGGCCAAUGUGAAUGCCAAAGAUAGCUUUGGUGGCAAUGCGCUCACUGCAUCAAUUGGGAUGGGAAACGCGGAGGCUGUCAACACUCUGUGCAAUGCCAACAUCAAUCCACGUGUGAAGAUGGUCCCUGGAACGGGCCCCUUCAAAAUUGCAUGCGGGUUUGCUAAUGUGCCAACAAUGCAAGCGUUCAUGACUCGUCUUCCAGCCAAUGUGAACCUGCGAUUCUCGCUCCACUUUGGCCUCAUUUUCUAUGCCAACAUCGACACGGUCUCGCUUUUGUUGAAGGCAUCGGCAGACAUCAAUGAACAACUGGAAGUUCCCAUGAAGAAAACGGGCUGGUGGAUGUUGCUGAAGUUGUUGAGUUUACGCCAUACGGUGAGUCCGUCAGCCUUGACCUAUUUAGCCUAUCACCAUUCUGGCGCAACUCCACUGAUGUUGAGCAUCAUUACAGGCAAGUUUGAUUGUGCAUCUCUUCUUUUGGCGGCUGGUGCGCGCGUGGACCUCAAAAACAGACGGGGAAAGACUGCUGCUGACAUCGCCCGAGAGACUCGCGCGCCUAUUUCUUUGACAAGAGCACCUGCUGAUGAGACCGACUCAGUGGAAUUUGACCAGUGUGAUCCUGUUGUCAGUUGUGCAUUUUGAUCCUGCAGAUUGUUAUUUGCAAC